AUGAGUGAGACGCCGAUGGACGUGGAUUUCGAAAUGUCGAAAGCGCUUCCGAUUUGGGAUCAUCUUCCACGUUUCUUCAAGAAAAGUGCAAUCGGUCUGUUGGAUUUCAAGUCUAGGUGAGUUUUGCGAUGUGCAUCCGACCGGAAUUUCUCGUAAUGUUUUUUCAACGCUUGACCGAAAGUGACCGAAAGUUUACUAAUGAAACGAAUGAGGUUGAGACCCCAAUUUAACGGUUUCCCGGUUCAGACUCAACGGAAGAACACAGAAGAAUUUUUAUCUUUUUUAGAAAAUUUUACCAUGGAAUGUGAUCAACUGACGGAAUGUAUAGCAAAGUGAACUCUGCUCAUAGAAAAAUAAUUGUAAAUUUAACUUUUCAUACAAAAAAGUUAAUCGAGUUGUUCCGUGAAAAUGUCCUUCCGUCUUCAGUUAGCCCUUUUUUCACGGAACAACUCAAAUAACUUUUUUGUAUGAAAAGCUAAAUUUACAAUUAUUUUUUAUGUGCAGGGCUCACUUUGCUCUACAUUUCGUCAGUUGAUCACAUUUCAUGAAAAAAUUUUUUUAAAAAGAUAAAAAUUCUUCCGUGCUCAACUCUGGUUCAGACCGAACACUUCUUUUCCAGAAACAUCAUCCGGAAAGUGGGUUUGAACGAGCGACGCAUCGCCGACACGAUCCCGGCGUUCCUUUCGUUCAUCCGUGUGGGACCAUCGUCUCCCUACUCGAGCGGAAUGCUCACUUUCAAAUUGCCGGACUCGGAUUGCAUCUCGCACACCGUCCAUCAUACCCAGCAGCAAGUGAUAAUGGAUGCGCUCGCGUUCUGCUCGCAUCCCAACUACACUGUCGACAUCAUUCAGUUCACCGCCACCGCUCUCAUGGAUUUCACUCCGUUCAUGACACGUCUCAACCAGGAAAUCGCCAAUAGAGGCCCGAAUUUCAGGCUUCGCGCCGACAAACUUUUGUGGACUUUCGGCGCCGACAGCGGCAAAAUGUUCUUGGAGACGCUGAAAAAGUUCGAGACGGGCACACUGAACACCAUUCAAAUUGGGGUUCCGUUCGACGAUGACUUCACCACCGUCGCAAUUGUGGACACGCCUCAGUGGAGGGGCGCCAAGAACAUUUCGGUUUUGAGCCCCACAGAAAUUGACAUUGAGAAGUUGAUACAUUGCGAUCGAAUUCUUGUCAACUGCCACGAGGUCACGAUUGAUGACGUUCUGACGUGCGUCGAGGUGGGCUCAAAUUUUACUAGUUUUCACUUACGCAUCCGUAUUACACCAUUUUUGCAGACGUGGAAGGAAAAAACGCCGUCACACGGUCCGGACGCUCCGGAAUUCGUAUUGCAUUCCGUGGUUCGUGUCAGAGUGAUCAGAGUCCUACAAUAUCUGGGCUACGAGGAAGCCUAUAGAUGGUAAGUUCCAUGAAAAUUGGUGUAAAAACUUGUAGUCACGUUCGUUCAGGGGUCGAAACAAGAAGCAGUACUUUGUGACGUACCGCGUGUCGCCGACCUACGCAUUUCUGGUCAGAAUCGGACCGCACACGGUUCACGGAUUCUUCUGCAGACUUGGCGAACAUCUUCAGGCUGAUGUCCGCGCGGCCAUUCCGCAGUGUCCCGUGAGGCCACGAUUCCUGGUGCUCAACGGGGAAGGAGAGGACAUUGUGCCACCCGAAGAGCAGGACGACGACGACACCGACUUUUUCGUUUUUUUGUAA